AUGCUUUCCCCACACGGAGGAGUCCUGCAAGACCUACUGGUGCGCGAUGCUCCAAUCAAGAGCGAGCUUUUGGCCGAGGCCGCCUCGCUGACCUCGAUCGGUUUGACCGACAGACAGCUCUGUGAUCUCGAGUUGAUCCUUGUUGGUGGAUUUUCUCCGUUAACGGGAUUCUUGAACGAGGCCGACUACACCUCUGUUGUGCACAAGAUGCGUUUGGCUUCCGGAGAGAUCUGGACCAUUCCUAUCACCUUGGACGUUUCCAAAGAUGUGGCUUCUGGUCUGGAGUCCGGCCAACGUAUUGUGCUGAGAGACCCAAGAGACGAUUUGGCUCUGGCUAUUUUGACCAUCGACGACAUCUACACUCCAAACAAGGAGGUCGAGGCCAAGGAGGUGUUCCGUGGUGACCCUGAGCACCCUGCUAUUCGGUAUCUGUUGGACACCGCCGGGGACGUUUAUAUUGGUGGCUCGUUGCAAGCCAUUAGUGCUCCAAAACACUACGACUAUACUGGGCUCAGAAAGACUCCUGCUCAGCUGCGGUCCGAGUUCGGCAACAAGCACUGGGAGAAGGUGGUUGCUUUCCAGACCAGAAACCCAAUGCACAGAGCUCACAGAGAGCUUACCGUGCGUGCCGCUAGAGACAAGCUUGCCAACUUGUUGAUCCACCCUGUUGUUGGACUCACCAAGCCGGGUGACAUCGACCACCACACCAGAGUCAAGGUGUACCAGGAGAUCAUCAAGAAGUAUCCAAACGGAAUGGCCCAACUUGCUCUGCUGCCGCUUGCCAUGAGAAUGUCCGGUGACAGAGAAGCUGUUUGGCACGCCAUUAUCAGAAAGAACUAUGGUGCUACCCACUUCAUCGUGGGAAGAGACCACGCCGGUCCAGGAUCCAACUCGAAGGGAGUUCCAUUCUACGGACCGUACGAUGCCCAGGAGCUUGUUGAGCGGUUUGCUAACGAAUUGGAAAUCGAGGUUGUUCCAUUCAGAAUGGUGACAUACUUGCCGGACGAGUCCAGAUAUGCUCCUAUCGACAGUAUUCCAGACGGAACAAGAACCCUGAACAUUUCCGGUACCGAGCUCAGAAAGCGUUUGCGCGAGGGCACCCAUAUCCCAGAAUGGUUCUCGUACCCAGAGGUUGUUCAAAUCUUGAGAACUGCUUAUCCACCAAGACAGACCCAAGGAUUUGCUGUUUACUUGCAAGGACUGCCGAACUCCGGUGUCGAGGCUUUGGGAUAUGCUUUGCAGGCCACUUUCAACCAGUUCUCUGGCUCGCGUCACAUCACUUUGCUCGAUGUUUCUCGGAUCGGCCAGGAAUCUGCUGGCUUCGUCACUGCCGAGCUUGUCAGAUCCGGCGCUGGUGUUCUCGUGACCGACUCCGAGGAAGUUGCUUCCGAAGCUUUCUUGAAGUCGGUCAACACCCAGGUGUCCAAGGCCGGCUCAUUUGUGCUUGUUUCUGUGGAGACCCCAAGAGUGGUUUGCGAAGCCAACGACAGAAAGGGAUACUUCAAGUCUGAGAGAAAGGACAUUGAGACCUACCAGGUUCCUAAGGAGGCGGAGAUCCGCGUUGACCUGGACUCCAUCCCAAUCAACACCGCCAUCCAGAAGAUUGUCCUUUACUUGGAGGAGCAGGGAUUCUUUGUGUUUUAA